AUGGCAGGGAGAUUAUACAGCUCAGGGAUUUUUUUAGAAGGCGGAAUCCAGCCAAAGCUCGUCAAAGAGAGGUUCUCCCGAAAUGAAGUGCAAUGCCAGCGCUGCUAUCGGCCCGAAUUCACAACUAACCAGCGAGGCGAAGAAGCAAACGAAAAAAUUUGGGAACUUAUGGCAGAGUACAAAAACACUGAAAAAGACACCAUCCAAAAAUCAAUUGUGAACCACGUCGAAUACACGCUUGCAAGGACCAGGUUUAAUUUCGAUAAGAACACUUGCUUCAGAGCAGUCGCUCUAUCUGUCAAAGAUAGGCUGAUUGAGAGCUGGAAUGAUACUCAGCAAUCAUUUACUGCAGAAGACUCUAAAAGAGUUUACUAUAUGUCAAUUGAGUAUCUUAUUGGGAGAUCUCUACAAAAUGCAUUAGUAAACUUAAGCUUGGAGCAUGGGUAUAGAGAAGCUGUACAAGAAAUGGGAUUUAAGCUGGAAGAGCUAUAUGAAGAAGAGGUAGAUCCAGGACUUGGAAAUGGAGGACUUGGAAGACUCGCAGCUUGUUUUUUGGACUCAAUGGCCACUUUAGAUUACCCAGCCUGAGGGUAUGGUAUUAGAUAUGACUAUGGAAUAUUCCGCCAGAUGAUCUUAAAAGGCUACCAAGUUGAGAUGCCUGAUUAUUGGCUAUCACAAAUGAACCCUUGGGAAAUUGAACGAUCAGAUGUCACAUAUGAUAUCCAUUUCGGGGGAAGAGUUGAAAAAAGAUUAGAAAAUGGCAUCGAAAAAGCCACCUGGUACCCUGUAGAAACCAUUAAAGCUGUGGCUUAUGACAAUCCGAUACCAGGCUACGACACUUUUAACACCAUUAAUUUAAGGCUUUGAAAAUCUUUUCCGACCAAUGAAUUUGAUUUUCAAUCUUUUAACCAAGGAGAUUAUUUUAGAGCUAUUGAGUCCAGACAAAAAGCAGAAUAUAUCACUUCAGUUCUCUACCCAAAUGAUAGUACUAUAGCUGGCAAAGAACUCAGGCUUCGUCAGCAGUACUUUUUUUGGGGUGUAGGUCCAAUAAUCGUGCACUUUUGAUAGUGUGCAUUUCACCGCAGUACAUUUGGUCGAAUUUGGUUGAAAAUUUUAGAUAGUCAGUCUUUUACCAAAAAAUCCAUUAAAUUUCAACCAAAUGCACUCAAUGCACAAUAUCAAAAUGGACUGUCAUUUAUCAUGGAACCCUUUUUUUGUAGCGCUUCAAUACAAGAUAUCAUGCGCAGAUUUUUGAAGCGGAAAAGGUCCUGGGAUGAGCUUCCUGAAAAAAUUGCGAUUCAGCUAAAUGACACACAUCCUGCAAUUUCCAUUCCUGAGCUGCUGAUGAUCCUUGUUGAUAAACAUGGAUUAGAUUGGCCGACGGCGUGGAAUAUUUCUUAUAAAAUUUUUGGCUACACAAAUCAUACUGUCAUGUCUGAAGCUCUAGAAAAAUGGAGUGUAGAUCUUUUUGGGAAAUUACUGCCAAGGCAUUUGGAGAUUAUUUACACAAUAAACCACAUUUUUAUGAAUCAGAUAACAGCCAGGUAUCUGAAUAGCCCCAAGCUUCACGAUAUGAUGGUCGAUAUGUCUAUGAUUGAAGAAUCAAAGCCCAAAAUGGUGCGUAUGGCAAAUCUUUCUAUUAUAGGCUCUCAUGCUGUCAAUGGAGUUGCCAAGCUCCACACAAUGCUUCUGACUGACAAGCUUUUUGAAAAAUUCAAUGAGUAUUUUCCUAAUAAAUUCCAAAAUAAAACAAAUGGGGUCACUCCAAGAAGAUGGAUCCAUUGCUCCAACCCUGAACUUUCUAAUCUUUAUACUCGUUAUCUUGGCUCUUCCUCAUGGCUCACAAACCUACAUGAGACAAGAAAUCUUUUAACUCACCAUGAAGACCCAGAAUUUAGAAACUCAUUUAAAGAAAUUAAAAUGAAAAAUAAAGAAAGACUUGCAAAAUGGAUUGAAAAAGAAUGCGGAGUUAUUGUACCUGUGGAUGCUAUGUUUGAUGUUAUGGUAAAAAGAUUUCAUGAAUAUAAGCGGCAGCAUUUGUUAGCAUUUUAUAUGAUUUAUAGAUAUCUUAAGCUAAAAGAAAUGACUGUUGAUGAUAGGCAGAGGCAAGUUAAAAGGGUUUUUAUGAUUGGAGGAAAAGCAGCGCCUGGGUAUAUUACAGCGAAAAGGAUUAUCAAGCUGAUUACUUCUAUUUCAGAAGUCGUCAAUAAUGACGAAGAUAUUGGUGACAUAAUGAAAGUUAUUUUCCUUCCAAACUAUAACGUAUCCAAUGCCCAAGUUAUAAUUCCCGCUGCAGAUUUGACUCACCCUCCCUCUUUAAAUUGGAACAAAAAUUCCAGUUCCUAUUUAAGGGGGUUAAAAAAAUUAUAUUUCAAUUUUUCUCUAUAAAAACUUCUUUAAGAUCUAAAACUAUAAAUUGAGCAAAAUACUUUUAAUUUUAAUUUAUUUUAUAAAAAAAAUACUUAAAAAUAUUAAUCGAUUCAAUGUGAAAAAUGUUUAAAUAGCAGUGCCCAAAAAAUGCAAAUUUUACCGAUAUUUUGUUUUAAUUUAAAGGGGAAGUCAGCAGAUUUCUACUGCAGGGACUGAAGCUUCAGGCACCAGCAAUAUGAAAUUCGUUAUGAAUGGAGCUAUUAUUGUAGGAACAAUGGACGGCGCCAAUAUCGAAAUCGUCCAAGAAAUAGGAGAAGAAAAUGCUUUUAUAUUCGGAGCCCGGAUUCAUGAAGUGGAAGCCUUAAAAACAGCUCAUGAAACAGCUAUACCUGAGCUCCAAAAAGUAUUUGAUGCAAUUAGACGUGGAAAUUUUGGAAACCCAAAGGAGCUUUCAGUAAUUGCUGAUAACGUAGAAAACAAUGAUUAUUAUCUCCUUAAGCAUGAUUUUAUAUCUUAUAUAGAAAUUCAGGACAAAAUAGAUGAGGUUUAUAGAAACUAUGACCAGUGGCUAACUAUGACUAUUCUAGGGGCACUGCAAAUGGGGAAGUUUUCAAGUGACAGAACGAUUACUGAUUAUGCAGAAGAAAUAUGGGAUAUUGAAGCUGUGCAUUUACCAAGGCCUGAAACUCAAAUUCCGAAGAUCAAAAGCAAGCCACAUUUAGUACCGGCAGUUAAAGAUAUUGAUGAAAGAAGACAAGAAAAUGCUGAAUCACAGGAAAAUAUAUUGCAGAGCAUCCCUAUUAAUCAGCUGGAAGCAAGUUUACAAAAGCCUGACGACAUAGAGAAGAUUCCAAGAUACUUUUACACGCUUUAA